AUGCAGUCGGGCAAUCAACGGCUGGCUGUGAAGUCAAGAUCAAAGUCCAAGGCGACUGGUGAUUUGGAGGAGGGAGGCUUCUCUUCGAGAAUCCUCAAUGUCUUGGAUUAUGUCAUCACUGGUGACUUUAGAGGCCUCUUCAAAGCUUGCAAGCAGGGCUUUGUGAAAUGCUUCCAGGAUCUACUCGAACGCUACGAGAACUUCACUCGAUGGAUUGCAUUCAACAGGAAGGUGCAAGAACAGAGAGCAAUGGACCAGACUUUGGAACAUCCUUAUCCAAGGAUACGUGCAAUUGUGAACAGCAACUGUUUCGAGAUCAUUGGUAACUUUGUGAUCUUCUGCAACACCUUUGUGGUGGGUUGGCAGGCAGAAAAGACACCCAGAAACACCACGGAUCAAGACAGAUUGUUGUCCACCAUCUUUGAGAAUUUCUUUACCUUUGCCUUUGUCUUGGACCUUUCGAUGUCAACUUUAUGCUGGGGUUGGACUUACUUGGUGAAGCGCGAGAAUUGGCUGGAUGUUUUCUUGGUCUUCCUCGGGGUGCUGACUACAUGGAUUUUGGGACCUUUUGGUAUUGAGGUCGAAUUCCUGCGGAAGUUGACAGCACUGAGAACCAUGCGUUUGAUCCGCCUGGCGCGCGCGGUGCGUUUGCGCCCGGAGUUCAAGGAGAUGUGGGCGCUGAUGAAGGGCCUCACAGAGAGCGGGGAAACCCUGUUCUGGACCUACGUGAUGAUUUUCUGUGUGCUCUACUUCUUCGCCAUCAUCGCCACCUCGUUAAUCGGCAAGGCGGACGCCUUCAAAGAUGAUGAGCUUGCGCAGGAGUACUUCGGUGAUGUCCUGCGCUCCAUGUUGUCCCUGUUCCAAGUGAUGACGUUGGACUCCUGGGCUUCUGGCUUUGUGCGCCAGCUGAUGGACAUUCAAGUCUGGACCGGCGGAUUCUUCAUUUUCUUCAUCGCGGUGGCCGUCUUUGUGAUGUUGAAUCUGGUGACCGCGGUGAUCGUCGAAAAUGCCUUCUCUGACAGUAAGUCGGAAGAUUUGGAACUGGCGGUGCGACUGGAACGAGAAAAGGAGGAGGAACUGGAAGAUUUGAAACAGUUUUUCCUGCAACUUGACCUAGAUGGCAAUGGUGCUUUGACCAAGCAGGAAUUUUUCAACGCCACCAAGCAACGAAAGAUUCGACAGAAGUUGCGAGCCUUGGACAUUAUGCCGAAAGACAUUGAUGAAUUGUGGGAUAUUUUGGACGAAGGCAAAGGAGAGAUGAAUGUGGAGGAAUUUCAAUCCGGAAUUCGCAGAUUACGAGGUGAAGCAAAAGCAAAGGACAUUUUGCGCUUGUACAAAGAGGUCAGGCAGUUUGAGACCUCCGUAGACGAGGUGGAAGGUCACUUGGAUGUGAGCAGAGAACGUCUUCGUAACGUCCACGACCAACUCUCCCAAUGCAAAGUGGACGUCGCGGCCUUCACAAGAACGCUGGUGCGAGCCAAAGAAGCGGUCAAGAUGGCCGCAUCAACUCAGAACCUGAGUUGUGCAAGGGUCAUGGUCAUGGGACCAGUGGAAAGCUCCACGGAGCGAGCCGAGCUGAUUGACCUGGCGGGACCCUGCGGGCGCUUCGUGGCGGCGGCCAAGCGGCGAUCCAAGGUGCAGGCUGCCCAACCCGAAGUGCCCAAGGUGCCAAAGGAAUCUGUGAAGGAAGUUCCACAAGCAGUGAAGGUAUCUGUGAAGGAAGUUCCACAAGCAGUGAAGGCAAUUUUCGGGCUGGUGUUGGGGAGCUCCGUUUUGCGGAAGCUCACUCCGGACGGCUUUGAAUCCGAGGACGGCUUUGACUGGCCAGAGGCGCCCACGAUGCUCGACUUGGCGAUUGGAGGGAAGGCCAGCUUCAGCACAAAGGCCACUGAGAAGUGGUCCUGGAGCACCGCUGCCACUGACCAAGACUUUGAGGAUCUGCUGGAGGAGCCACAGCAACGGCAAAGCCUUGUGAUCCCCAAGAGCUACAAGGACGUGCAGCUGGAGAAGGCUGAGAAGCUGCAAGAGGAGCGCCGCGCAGAAGAAGAAAGGCUGAAAAAGGUGUCUGUGCUGGUAGCCGUGCCAUGCAUGCCUGUCCCUGUGGCAGCGCCGGAGGUGCAGGAGCUGAAGAUUGAGGAGAAAAAGAAGAAGAACGACGAGGUGGUCUUGGGUCGAGGUCCGGUGUUCGGAAACCAGCAUCGCUUCCACCAAAAGAACAGCUCCAUGGGCGUUCUGUCGCCGGACGCGCGUAGCUUCACCAAGUGCUCCAACAAGGGUCGUCUCAGCAUCGUUUGCGAGAACCGCGUGCAUUUCAGUGGAGUGGUGCGCUACGCUGUGCAAUUUACUGAAGGCGAACUCUGCAGUGCGGAUGGUGUUGGAUUCAUCCUGUCUUCCGACCUUCCAUGCACCAAGAACAUUCAAAAGAUCGUCUCGGUGUUCGCCAACCGCACUGGUCGCAUUUGUGUGCGCGUGCACGAGGACGUGAAGCGCUGCCACCAGCGGGUGAAGUGCUUGGAGCUCGGCGACUGGCUCGAGGUGAUUAGCGAUUUGGAACAACAGAAGGUCACCUUUGUGGUUUGGGCGCAGGAUGGAUCUGCCCCAACCUCGGCCACCAUCUCCUUCGGCGAUGUCCUGGACAAGGCUCGCGGACGUGCGACCGUUCCACGCUCCGCCUGCGGAUACCUCGCAGUCGUCAUGAAGCAUUUGGGCGUCUCUGUGAAUUUGGCGUCUUGA